UAAUUUUAUUUUAUACGUAUACAGGCGACUGACACGUAUACACGCAAAGUCGUGAGUGUAAAAUUAUAAAAAAAACUGAUUAGAUUACAUACAGCACUUCUUUUUCAGUAUUGUAACUGAAAGAGUGUUAUAAGCAUGGCAGGAAAUAACGCAAAGCGUUUGCUUAAAUAUGUGUCUGAACAAACUGUUAUAUCAGCAAGAAAUUAUGGCACAGCCCAAAGGGUGGUGGCUUCAAAGCCUGUUGUGGAAAUGGAUGGUGAUGAGAUGACUCGUAUCAUAUGGGAGAAAAUUAAGGAGAAACUUAUCUUCCCUUAUGUCAAGCUAGAUUGCCUUUACUACGAUCUCGGUCUACCCCAUCGUGAUGCAACUGACGAUCAAGUUACCAUCGACGCGGCGCAUGCAAUACUCAAACACAAUGUCGGCAUCAAAUGCGCUACAAUUACGCCCGAUGAACAGAGAGUCGAAGAGUUCAAAUUAAAGAAAAUGUGGCUCAGUCCGAACGGGACAAUCCGUAAUAUUUUGGGUGGUACUGUUUUCCGCGAACCCAUACUGUGCAAAAGCAUUCCGCGUGUUGUGCCUGGAUGGACAAAAGCAAUUGUCAUCGGUCGUCACGCCCACGGCGAUCAGUACAAGGCACAAGACUUCCUGGUGUCGAAACCAGGCAAGGUGGAGAUGGUCUAUACAGCGGAAGAUGGUUCAAUCGAGAAGCGCGUCUUAUAUGAUUUUAAAACACCUGGUGUUGCCUUAGGAAUGUAUAACACUGAUGAAUCUAUAAGAUCCUUUGCACACUCCAGUUUUCAGGUUGCAUUGCAAAAGAAAUGGCCUCUAUACUUGUCCACUAAGAACACAAUCCUUAAGCGUUACGACGGCCGUUUCAAAGACAUUUUCCAAGAAAUAUUCGACAGUGACUAUAAGAAACAGUUCGACGAUGCAAAAAUCUGGUACGAGCACCGUCUAAUUGAUGACAUGGUGGCCCAAGCUAUUAAGGGCUCCGGGGGUUUUAUUUGGGCUUGUAAGAAUUAUGAUGGUGAUGUCCAGUCGGAUAUCGUUGCACAGGGAUACGGAUCGCUCGGCAUGAUGACUUCAGUGCUGAUGUGCCCGGACGGUCGCACUGUGGAAUCCGAAGCGGCUCAUGGAACCGUUACACGUCACUACCGCAUGCAUCAACAGGGGAAGCCCACGUCCACCAAUCCUGUUGCUUCUAUCUACGCAUGGACGAGAGGUCUCAUCCACCGCGCUAAACUUGAUGGCACACCCGAACUUGAACGAUUCGCCAAUUCUUUGGAAGAGGCUUGCGUCGAGUGUAUAGACAGUGGCAAGAUGACGAAGGAUUUAGUCAUUUGCAUCCAUGGCAUGGCCAACACUAAAGAGGGGAUGUUCUUGAACACAGAAGAUUUCCUUCAAGCGAUCGCAGACCAGCUAGAGCGCAAACUUGCCAAGUAAAUUCAACUUGUAGUUAGAACAAAAUAGAUAAUGGAAGUAGCUAAGAACGAUUUUUCUUUUUCGAAUUCUGAAUUAGUAAAUGUAUUAUAUUCAUAUUAUAUGUAUUCCAGCUACUGUACAAUCACUAAUCAUGUAACAUUUUUUGGACCAUGCGUUUUUAUCAUAAUUAAUUGCAUUUUUAUUGUUAGUUAAAAUAUUUUUUUUUACUUUUUCACGAAAGAGUAUCUACUCUUUGUAGAUGUUUUGAUUUUUUUUGGCAGCAUUUGUAAAAAAAGUUGGUUCAGGUGCUUGUGUUACAUGCAUGGAUUGUAUUAGAGUAUAUUAUAUAUAUUUUGAAGACUGUUAAAUAAUCGCUGUGCCAGUAUCACAAAUAUUUUAAUCACCACUUGUUUUAAAUGCAAAACCUUUAUUUGUAAGUUUUACACAA